AUCAUUGUACAGUGAAAUGAAGGUUGUGAACUAAGUACUAACUCUUUUCAUGUUUAUAAAAGGUCAGAGAGCCCAACACACAGCAUAAACAAACACAGUGACUCAAACCUCCCACCGAAGAGUAGUUGGAGUUACCAUUUGGGUGGAUUCCAGCAACAUAAUGGCCGUAGUUCAUGGCAGUUGGGUCAAGCUUGAUCAAAGAGGAGAAGGUCAAGGAGCAAGAAGCUCACACGCCAUUGCCGUUGUAGCACAGAAGGUGUAUGCAUUCGGCGGCGAAUUCGUGCCACGUGUCCCGGUGGAUAACAGCCUACACGUGUUCGAUCUAGAGACUUUGACGUGGUCUGUGGCUGAUGCAUCAGGGGAUAUACCACCGCCACGUGUCGGUGUCACAAUGGCCGCAGUGGGAGAAACCAUUUAUGUGUUUGGUGGAAGGGAUGGUGAACACAACGAGCUCAAUGAACUCUAUUCUUUUGACACAAGGGCCAACAAAUGGGCCUUGAUUUCACGCGGGGAUAUUGGGCCUCCUAACCGGAGCUACCAUUCUAUGACCGCCGAUGACCGACACGUGUAUGUAUUCGGCGGCUGUGGAGUUCACGGGAGACUUAAUGAUUUGUGGGCUUUUGAUGCUGUUGAGGGCAAGUGGGUGGAGUUUCCCUCUCCGGGUGAGAGUUGCAAGGGCAGAGGUGGGCCGGGCCUGGCCGUCGCCCUAGGGAAAAUAUGGGUUGUGUAUGGGUUCUCCGGGGAGGAAAUGGAUGAUGUGCAUUGCUUUAAUCUGGCCCAUAAAACAUGGACGCAGGUUGAAACAAGUGGGCUGAAGCCCACGGCCCGUAGUGUGUUUUGCACCCUUGGUAAUGGGAAACAUAUAAUUGUGUAUGGUGGGGAAAUUGAUCCUAGUGACCAAGGUCACUUGGGCGCUGGUCAAUUUUCUGGUGAGGUUUAUGCAUUGGACACCGAUAAACUAGCAUGGAGGAAGUUGGAGGACAAGGCGAACUCCGACAGCCACCCUGGGCCACGAGGGUGGUGUGCUUUCGCCGGAGCUUGGCGUGGCGGCCGGCAAGGGUUGUUGGUGUAUGGUGGCAACUCUCCUAGUAAUGAUAGGCUUGAUGACAUUUUCUUCCUUGCUCUUUCUCAAGAGCUGGUGAAUUAAUUGGUCAUGGAUUUUGAAUUUGUUAUUUAUCCUCAUAGAACAAUGGAUGAGAAAUAGGGAAACUUUUUUAGUUAUUGUAGGUGGGUUAUGAAGUGCUUGUGUAGUGGUGGUGCAAUUUUAUUAAGUGUGUGGUUGGUUAUUAAUUGAAUUAUGUGAUGAAUUAAAAGUAUGUUUAUCCUCCUGGUGGGAGGACGAUGGGAUUGAAACUAUGGAAUCUUGGAUAAUUAAAUGUUUGUAGUUUGUAAUUUUGCUCUGGGCUUUAUAAGGGAAUAAAUUAUCAAGUGUGUGAUCAAUUUUCUAA